AUGGAAGGGCAAGGUGUAGUACGGUCAUAUGAUGCUUUGGCAAAAGCAUGCAGACAAGCAGACCUAGUGGCACCAGAACGCAUUACCAGCACAGGUCUCCGAAAAUAUAUGGCUACUGUAACACAGGUUCUUGACCUAAAGGAACAUGAACUGCAGUGGGUGCUUAAUCACUUGGGACAUACUCUAGAUGUCCAUAAGAUACAUUACAGAUGUACGAGUGAUAUUUUGGAGAGGACUCAAAUAGCCAAAAUACUGUUACUUCAGGACCAUGACCGACUUGGAGAGUUCCGUAAUAAAACCUUACAGGACAUUGAUAUGCAUGAUAUUGUCACAGAGAAAAUUACUGAAGAGACUGAACAGAAGGGAGACCCCACAUCAAAUAUUGUAUUAAAUAAAGUUGUAACUGAUAACGAAUGGGGCGAUCCUGCUGGAUUGCAGGUAAUUCUGAAUGAAGCCGAAAACUUCAAUGAUUUCAGUGAUGAUGAUGAUUAUGAUGAUGAUGAAUGUCGUCGCAGUGUUCAAAAGAAGAAAAGAAAACCUACAUCCACCUCAAAAACUAAAUGGACUGAAGACGAGGAAGAAGAAAUAAAAACUUUGUUUAAAAAGUUUUUUGAGGCCAAAAAGCGUCCAAAGCCAAAAGACUGUCUGAGAGCUCUAGAGCAAAGCCGCAAAAGAAACGGAUUCAUUUCACAGAGGAAAAAAGAUGUACUAAAGAAAAAGGUAUUUCGGAUGAUCGACAAAUUAUCCCAAUAAAUGUGAAACUGGACAAAUAACUGGAAAACUGUCAUUGCAAGUGGAGGAAUAUUGUGUUCUGUGUGUUCGAAUGAUUUGUUUUAAUGUCACCUUGCGACUGAGUGACUUUGAAGUUUGGAUUUUCUUUUGGAUCAUCGAAAUAUUUGUUUUAAUGUCACCUUGCGACUGAAUGACUUUGAAGUUUGGAUUUUUUUUUAG